GCUGGGCUGUCUUUGGAGUCAGGCUGCCUCAGAUGACCCAGAGGCCCUUUUCUCAAGACACCCCUUCCUGUCCUGAUCCCUUUUGGCUGUGGCUGUUGCCCUCACCCCACCCUGCUGCCUCCUGCACCCAGUCCCGAUCCUGAGCUGCCCCCGUGCACUGUAGCUGAUCCUGGAUGAGAGAAGAAUGUCAGGAUUUCUCCUUUGCAGGACUACUUCUGGGGCAACGUUCCUGUCCAGUGCACGUGUUCCUGGGGGCCCUGAGCAGCCUCUCUUCCUGUCUGGCCGGUCUCUUGCCAUUCCUUAUGCAUCUUGGCCUUGGGCUGCGCAGAGGGACCUUGGGCCCCCAGGAUGCCAAACCCCUCCUGCUGCGUUGGGCUGUUCUCUGUGCCUCUGCCCUUGCCCGCUGAUCACCUGCCUGUCAAGGGGGGCCCGGGGCCAGCUUCUCCCCCUGCGGUUCCUCCUGGGCAAAUCUCCUUCUCUGGAGGGGGUGCUCCAGGAGGGCAGGGCUGGCCCUUUGAUGGUGAAUGGAACCAGCGUCAGGAGAGGAUGUGGUGAGUCCCCAGGUAUGGCGGAGCUGCUUUUGGGCCGGCACAGUCACAAGGGCUUGUUUCCUGCCCUAGAAGGAGUGGGAACCUGGAGCUCUCUCGCUGCCCUGCCUGGAGAAGUCAGAGGCAAGAACAUGAGCUGGCUGCACGCAAGCGAGAACUGCUCCUUCAAUGACGUGGACAAGCUGAUGAAGACCCUGCAGCUGGUGGUCCACGUCCCCACCUUCCUCCUGGGCCUGCUCCUCAACCUGCUGGCCAUCCGCGGCUUCAGCACCUUCCUGAAGAAGAGGUGGCCAGACUACAGGGCCACCUCCAUCUACAUGAUCAACCUGGCCGUCUUUGACCUGCUGCUGGUGCUCUCGCUCCCCUUCAAGUUGGUCCUGUCGGACGUGCACCUGCCCUCCUCGGCCUCCUGCACGCUGGUGGAAUGCCUCUACUUUGUCAGCAUGUACGGAAGCGUCUUCACCAUCUGCUUCAUCAGCCUGGACAGGUUCCUGGCCAUCCAGUACCCGCUCCUGGUCAGCCACCUCCGGUCCCCCAGGAAGACGUUUGGGAUCUGCUGUGCCAUCUGGGUCCUGGUGUGGACCGGGAGCAUCCCCAUCUACAACUUCCAUGGGAAAGUGGAUAAGUUCACGUGUUUCCACAACAUGUCGGACGGUACCUGGAGUGCCAGGGUCUUCUUUCCCCUCGAGGUGUUCGGCUUCCUCCUUCCCAUGGUCAUCAUGUGUUUCUGCUCCUCCAGGAGCAUCCACAUUCUGCUCGCUCGCAGGGGCCACACCCAGGACUGGGUCCAGCAGAGAGCCUGCAUCUGGACCAUUGCGGCCAGCCUGGCAGUCUUUGUGGUCUCCUUCCUCCCAGUCCACCUGAGCUUCUUCCUGCAGUUCCUGGUGAGGAAUGGCUUCAUCACGGAGUGCAGAGCCAAGCAGAGAAUCAGCUUGUUCUUGCAACUGUCCAUGUGUUUCUCCAACGUCAACUGCUGCCUUGACGUUUUCUGUUACUAUUUUGUCAUCAAAGAAUUCCGCACGAACAUCAUGGCCCACCGGCCUUCUAGGGUCCAGCUGGUCCGCCAGGACACCAUGAUUACCAGGGGCUAAGGGAAGGCAACCUAGCUCUAAGGAAAGAAAUCCCAGUGCCUAAUUCUUGUAAGGGACAUCCCUUUCCAAUUGGUGUGCUUCCCCUUUGAUGCUCAUUGGAUACCUUAUUUGCUUUUCAUACCCCCUCAUGUCCAGAUGGCUUGAUGGACAUCACCCCAUAUGAUGAAGAACCUAAGCACUAGGUGAAUUUUUCAUUCUACGAUCAAAUAGCAUGAGGCAGAAGAAUUGAACAGAAUGCAUCUGAAAAAAAACAACACUUUUUCUCAACUCUCUCAUCCUUCUAUUCAACUAGAAGAUUCUAGAAGGGAAGAAAGAAGAGGCAAGAGGAGUUAGGGAGGCAAUGAAGGGCGAUGGUGGAAGGUGACUUGAGCAGAGAGGGAGUAGUAGGGAGCAUCAAGCCCUUUUCGGUUGGAGGACCCGCAGUGGAGCGUACUCGCACUUUCCAGUCCCUUCGGGAACGCUGCUGGCCCUGACCACAGGGAUGAUGACAGCAGGGGAGACUGGGCUGGGCAGGUGUGGUGCAUAGCACUGCUUCCUCAGGCCUUAGGAGAGCACAGGAGGCCAGCCAGACCUCCCUGUGCCCAGGAGAAGGCUGCAGAGGACCAGGGGCUGCUGAGCCAGGUCAGGAGGAAGUGGUGGGCACCUCUGGAGACAGUGAGGACAAAGUGGAAAAGCAUCAGUGAGACCUGAAAACCCCGAGGGGACAGAAUACACUUGGGGAAGGGAGGAGACAGGCCCCGGGCUGUAAGUGGACAGCCCCUCUCCCAUGGCCACUGGGGUGUCCACCACAGGGAGUGUUAGCACUCUUCUAGGGCGAAGAGACGGAGAGAGCCAUGAACGUAACAAGCUUUCUGUCUCCGAUGGAAACAUGGGGAGUUGUUCAUCAGGCCUUGUUUCCUUAGACUGGGAGAAAGGUCAGACUCAGCCGGUUCAGCCACAGCAGAAUGAGGAGGCAUUUGUCUUGCUCACCUGGGUCUUGGCUGGGCGGCAGGACUGUCCAGAGAGCUGUCCCCUCUGUUGGCUGGAAGGAACAAAGUGAAUGAGGCAGGGAUGGGGACCCAUCUCCGCCCACAGGCACAAGGACCAGGCCUGGAGAGGGACAGCAAGGGCCCUGCUGGCAGUUCCUGGGGGUGACUGGAAACAACUGAACCACGUCUAGAUCCCUCUGUCUGCUUCUCCAAGGCUCUGGAGGAGCACACAGUGACAGCUGAGCGCCUUCCGAUGACUCAGCUGUUCCAGGGAGUGAAAUGAUUAGAAGGAUAAAUUGUGGGGUGGUUUUGCAAGACGGAAGGAGUGGGAUGAGAAGAAAUCCAUGAGACUUAGUGUGAACAAGGAGUCGGUCUUAGGGAGAGAAGCAGCCACGGCCAACAUGGAGGAUGGAGGAUGGUGGCUUUGGCUGCCAAGAGGGGGUGGAGGGCCUGGGAGAGGGUGGCCCUAUGGAAGGGGGAUGGGAGAUGAGGGUGACUUGGGUAAACCUGGGACCUGCCUACUGAGGAGGAGGAAGCCGAGGAGGAAGAGAAGGAGGAAGAGAAGGAGGCAGAGGAGGCCAGGAGUUGAGGGUUAGCCCAGACUUGAAGCCAUGGAGGGGAGAGGGGUGGGCAGGGCUGGGGGGGCAGGAAGAGUUGAGGGCAGAGCCACUUCCUGCCUGAGAGUCUGUGUCCCCCACUCGACUGAGAGCCACCGAGGGGCAGGAGCCUCGCACAGCAACAACUGUGGCAGUGUUCUGGUGGCUUUCCCCGGAGCCUCCUCCUGGGCGGCUGGAGAGAAAGGUGAGGAAGUGAGUGUCAGGAAGGUGCAGCCAGGAGUGGAGGUGCUGUGUCCCCAGGGACAGAGGAACGGCAGCCACAGCCAGGGCUCUGCAGACCCAGGGUGAGGCUGAGCCCCACCCAGCUGGCCCAAGCCCUGGCCACUCCUUCCUCUCCCUGCCUGAGGGCUGCACGUCCCAUGGCCAUUGUGGACAGAGUGAGAGAGCCAGGUUGUCAUGCACAGCAGGGCAUUUGCACAGGAGCUGGGAACCCCACGGUGGGGCUGGUGGUAGCUUUCUUGGGCACCGUGCCUACCAUUGUGCUUAAAGCCAGACUGGCUUCCCAGGAGAAAAGUCCCUGACCAUCCCCCCAAAGUCCCUAUUGAAGUUCAAACCUAGAAUCCUGUGUUGUAGCAUGGCUCUGUCCAUGACAGGGGGGACUGGCCACCUCUGAAAGGAGAAUCAUCAAAAUGGCAGGGUCUAAUGAUGUAGGGGCAGGUCCUUGGAGUGGUCCGGCAGAUUCAGGUGGUUAUGACCCUGGACAGUAGGUAGGCCUUAAGACCCGCUAACCCAUCCCCAAACUGUGGGGGGCAGAGAGGGCCUCCUCCCUCUCCCAGAGGGGACUCAUCCUGGCCAAGGGGCUGUGGGUUGGGCCCAGGUCCAGUGCUACAGUGUGAGGCUGCCUGCUCUGCAGGAGAGUCCAUACUCUGGGCCCAGGUAGCCACCGUCCUCUUGGCCCACAUCAGCACUGGCCAAUAGCACAGAAGGGGUGAUGGGACAGCAUUAGGGUCAGGGUUAGGCUCAGGGGAGCAGGGAGUCGGAGAACCCAGCACUCCGUUGUGGGAAAGGCUGAGAUUCCUGCUACUAGAGUCAGUGGGGCUCAAGGGUGGUGUUUGGCCGUGAACAUGACCUUGUUAGUACUCCUCACCUGGAAACACCUGAGACAUACCUGCUAUAUGUACAUUUGUGAAACCAGCACAAUUAAUUGGAAAAAUGAUUUCAUUAAUCUGAUUUGCCAAAUAAAUAGAUUUGUACAAUGCA